GUGGGGCCGCGGAGCAGCGCGUCGCCGUCUCUAUGGCCAGGGAUCGGAGCGCGAAGAAAACAGACCUCAGAGAACCAGGACUAGUCCUUCUGUCGGGGCAGGGUGACCCCAUCAGUGACCUACAACCCCUGUAUGACCCUACAACUCCCUUCCACCAUGGAGUUUGUAUCUGAUGCAGAAAGGCAGUGUGUGAUCCAUCCCUCCCUCUGACCUCUAACCUGGGAUUCCAUGGCCACACAACCCUGUGAUUCCAUGUCCCCUCGAUUCCAGGACCCUCCCUGGCCCCAUGACCCCUGACCUUCCAAGUGACCUCUCUGGACCUUGACCCCCGUGACUGUUCUUCCCAUCAUCCCCUGUGACUCUGGCCCUGGCUCCCCUUGGGGGUCUUACUGGUCUGGGCCUCCCAAGGAAAAUGUGGGGGAGGCUCUGGCCCCUCCUCCUGAGCUUCCUCACAGCAACUGCAGUCCCUGGACCCUCACUGCGGAGGCCAUCCAGAGAACUAGAUGCCACCCCGCGGAUGACCAUCCCCUAUGAAGAGCUCUCCAGGACCCGGCACUUCAAGGGUCAAGCCCAGAACUACUCAACACUGCUACUGGAGGAAUCCUCCGCAAGACUGCUGGUUGGAGCCCGAGGUGCCCUGUUCUCUCUCAAUGCCCGUGACAUAGGAGAUGGGGCUCACAAAGAGAUCCGCUGGGAGGCCUCCCCAGAGAUGCAAAGCAGAUGUCAUCAGAAGGGGAAAAACAACCAGACGGAGUGCUUCAACCACGUGCGAUUCUUUCAGCGGCUCAAUGCCACCCACUUCUACGCAUGUGGGACUCAUGCCUUCCAGCCCCUCUGUGCAGCCAUUGAUGCUGAGGCCUUCACCUUGCCAACAAGCUUUGAAGAGGGGAAGGAGAAGUGUCCUUACGACCCAGCCCGUGGCUUCACAGGCCUCAUCAUUGAUGGAGGCCUCUACACAGCCACACGGUAUGAAUUCCGGAGCAUCCCUGACAUCCGCCGGAGCCGCCACCCGCACGCCCUGAGGACUGAGGAGGCACCGAUGCACUGGCUCAAUGAUGCUGAGUUUGUCUUCUCUGUCCUGGUGCGAGAGAGCGAGGCCAGCACAGUGGGUGAUGACGACAAGGUUUACUACUUCUUCACAGAGCGUGCCACUGACGAGGUCCCCAACAGCUUUGCUCAGAGCCGCAACAGCCACCGUGUGGCCCGUGUGGCCCGUGUGUGCAAGGGAGACCUGGGAGGAAAGAAGAUCUUGCAGAAGAAGUGGACCUCCUUCCUAAAGGCGCGUCUCAUUUGCCACAUACCCCAGUAUGAGACGCUACGUGCUGUCUGCAGCCUGGACGCUGACACCUCAGCCCGCACGCACUUUUAUGCGGCCUUCACGCUGACCACACAGUGGAAGACCCUAGAGGCCUCAGCCAUCUGCCGCUAUGACCUGGCCGAGGUGCAGGCUGUCUUCGCAGGUCCCUACAUGGAAUACCAGGAUGGUGCCCGGCGCUGGGGCCGCUAUGAGGGCGGGGUGCCGGAGCCCCGGCCUGGCUCAUGCAUCACAGAUUCAUUGCGCACCCGAGGCUACAACUCAUCCCAGGAUUUGCCAUCCCUGGUCCUGGACUUUGUGAAGUUGCACCCACUGAUGGCCCGGCCCGUGCUGCCCACACGCGGACGGCCCCUGCUGCUUAAGCGCAAUGUGCGCUAUACACACCUCACAGGGACGCCUGUCACCACGCCUGCCGGGCCCACCUAUGACCUGCUCUUUCUAGGCACAGUCGAUGGCUGGAUCCACAAGGCCGUGGUGCUGGGCUCUGGGAUGCACAUUAUCGAAGAGACGCAAGUGUUCAAGGAGCCCCAGUCUGUGGAAAAUCUGGUCAUCUCUCCAAUGCAGCAUAGCCUCUAUGUGGGGGCCCCUAGUGGAGUCAUCCAGCUACCACUGUCUAGCUGCUCCCGCUACCGCUCCUGCUAUGACUGCAUCCUGGCCCGGGACCCCUACUGUGGCUGGGACCCCAGCACGCAUGCCUGCACCAUAUUCAGCGGGUCCCAGGGGAGCAGGACGGCCCUGAUACAGGACAUGGAGAGAGGCAACCGAGGCUGUGAAGGCAACAGGGACACAGGGCCACCACCACCACUGAAAACCCGCUCUGUGCUCCGAGGGGAUGAUGUCCUCCUGCCCUGUGACCAGCCAUCCAACCUGGCCCGGGCCUUGUGGUUGCUCAAUGGGAGCAUGGGCCUGAGUGAUGGGCAGCAUGGCUACCGCGUGGGCGUGGAUGGGCUGCUGGUGACAGACAUACAGCCUGAGCACAGUGGCAACUAUGGCUGCUAUGCUGAGGAGAAUGGCCUCCGCACCCUGCUGGCCUCCUACAGCCUCACAGUCCGGCCAGCCACUCCUGCCCCAGCUCCACAAGCCCCUGCCAUGCCUGGGGCACAGCUGGCCCCUGACGUGAGGCUGCUCUAUGUGCUAGCCAUCGCUACACUUGGCGGCCUCUGCCUCAUCCUAGCUUCCUCCCUCCUCUAUGUGGCCUGUCUUCAGGGAGGCAGACGAGGGCAUCGAAGGAAAUACUCUCUGGGUCGGGCUGGCCGGGCAGGGGGCUCUGCUGUGCAGUUGCAGACUGUUUCAGGCCAGUGUCCUGGAGAGGAAGAUGAGGGUGAUGAUGGGGAGGGGCCUGGGGGACUGGAAGGUGGCUGCCUCCAGAUCAUCCCUGGGGAGGCAGCCCCAGCCCCACCGCCUCCACCACCCCCACCCCCACCGGCUGAGCUGACCAAUGGGCUGGUGGCUCUGCCCAGCCGGCUGCGCAGGAUGAAUGGCAACAGCUACGUGCUCCUGAGACAGAGCAACAAUGGAGCACCAGCAGGGCCCUGCUCAUUUGCCGAGGAGCUCAGCCGCAUCCUGGAGAAGAGGAAACACACGCAGCUCGUAGAGCACCUGGAUGAGAGCUCUGUCUGAGCGCAGCCUCCUAGGACAAAUGCUCUUCCAAGCCAGCCUGUCUGCCCCAGGCUGGGCUGCUGCUUCCCCAACACAGCCACUCUACCUUCAGUCCCCCCUCAACUCCAGGCCCUUCUCCCAACUUUUUGAUGUCCCAGUAGGGCUGGCAGAGUCAGGCCCAGCCAAAGCCCCCUCCUCAGUCUCCACAGACCCAUCUGUGAGCAGCCCAGGCCAACCGGUGCUCCUCAGAGGCAGGGCUCUGCAGGUCCAGAUGACCUCAAUGUCACCACCCUCUGCAUGGCCCUAUGUGCUGGACGGUCCUGAAACCAGACGAGACCUCUGCCAGCCACCAGAGCCACCUGAGCCCUGCGUACAUUCACACAUGCACAUGGAUGAAUGUCUGUCAGCUGGGCUGCAGGGCCCCCACCCCCAUCUCCCGGUGCAUUCUUGUGUUUCAUUUCUCCUGGACUUUGGGUACCCUUCCAAUUGCCACAUCCCAUCCUAUCUAGUCCUCUCCCCUAGUUCCAGCCCCAUGUGGUGACCUCUUUGGCAAGAGCUUGGGAACAGGCCAGCCUGGGGAGGUAAGACUGUGAGACUGUGUCAUUCCCCUCUUCUUCCUUAAUGUGCAGCCCUCGUGAGUCAGCCCCCCCACCCCCUUGGUCACUCUCAAGAGUGACAGAGAGAGCCCCAGGCAUGUCCCUUCACGCACAUGUGCUUACAUUUCCACAUGCAUUUCUGAGCCUCCCUUUGCUGCCUCGGACCUGUGUCUGUUGGGUUUGGUCCAUGGACGUUUCAGAGGGAGAGCCCUCUCCUGUCCAGCUGUCCUCUCAGACAUUUCCCUAGGAUGGGUGACCAACACUGCAAUGAGCCAGCCUCCCUUUUGGGGACCAAGCAUUUGCUACCCCUAGACCAGAGCAGGGGGAGGAGAUCUGAUGUCUCACCUGGCACAUGAAGCCCGUUCUUGGAACUAUGCAAAGGGCAGAGGCUGGGAGUUUGGAUGCUUGGCUCCCAUCCCUGUCCUACCUCACCGGGGCACUUUCAGGGUCCAGGGGCCUCUAAAGUCUCCAGGCCCAUAUGGGACAAUCAAAUCCUGACUGAGCUCCCCUGUUCCCCUUGGGUGAGGAUGACUGUUAUUUUUGUAGCUGAGAACGUGGAAUCCCCACGGAUUUUUACUGCCCUUCACCCAAUCUCUCCCACCUCCACCCCACAAUGAAUGUAUUUAUUGUGAGAACGGCUAUACUUAUUUAGGAAUGCCCCCACUCACCACCCAGGUGGGCAGAACAGGCAUGUGACAGAGUGGGGAGCCUGGGCUCAGCUCCUCCCCCUCCUGUUGGUUAAUAAAUACCCUCUCUCCCCACA